GCAUCAGUAGUAUUCUCAUUUUACGCCCCCUGGCUCCCCUUGAGCUCCUACCCAGGAUUAGAUAGAUGAAAUUUAGAGAUUUAAAAAGAUGACAUGCAAAACACAAAAAAAAGAAUUAUGAGGAAGUGACACUGUGCACAAAAGGGGAAGUAAAUGCUGAAUGUUCCUUAAAGAAGCACUCCAUCAUAAACUUCGACAGUUCGGGGUGAGAGAACAAGAAGAGAGGAUCACGAUGGUUCAGUUCAGCUGGAUUAAAGUGUCUUUGUCUGUGGUGCUGCUGCUUCAGUUCACAGCAGUAACUGGACAAAACCAAACCUUCACUGUCAGAGUUGGAGAUGACGUCACUUUGCCGUGUGGAAAUGUGACGAAAGAUCAGAACAAAUGUGACACAACUACCUGGAAAGUCAUAUGGAAGGAGGUGGAUGCAGCAGUAGAUCUGGUUACUCUUGGACAGAUUAGGAAACAUGUGUUUGUUGAAGAUAUAUCAGACAGACUGAGUGUUACAGAGAAUUGUUCUCUGGUUAUAAAGAAGGUCACAUUCUGGGUUGCUGGUCGUUACACCUGCCUCAAAUCAGGAAAACAACAAGGUCCAGACUCUCAUGUUUAUCUGUCUGUUGUUCACAUUGCCAAAGAUCAGAACGAUGAUGAAGUCCUCUUGACCUGCGCUGUGCUGACAUAUGCAGGUUGUGGAUACACAGUGCAGUGGCUGCAUGAUGAUGAUAAGCCUGUCACAGACACAAUAGAGUUUAACUGUGCAUCCUUCAUGAUAUUUAAUUCUCAUCUUGAUCAAAAGUCAGAUCACAUGUUAGCCAAGUGUAAAGUGACAGAUGAUGAGAGUGGACGAACCCUGCUGUCUUCUUUUAGCCUCCAGUCAUCAGCAAAUGGGGGAAACAAAACGUCAUCUGCAGAGGACGACGCUCCAACACAUGGUUGGUGGAGGUCCAUCAUCGUGUCUGUGGGUUUAGCAGCACUCAUAAUAAUCGUUGUGGCAGUCACCAUUUGGAUCAGAACUAAAGCAAAGAAAACACAGGCGGAUGAAAACACGGUCCGGGGUGGUGAUGAUGCAGUGACUACAGCACUGUGAAAGCUUUCUUUCUCCUCUUCUGCUGGAGCCUCUGCCGAUCCCAGCAACCUCUAUGCUACCAUCAACUAACCAAAACUUAACCACGUGUAUUCACAUUUAAUAUCAUUACAUUUAUUUAUCAUAGAUUCUUGCAGCCUUGUUUGUAGCAUCAUCAAGUGCUCACCUUUCCCUCCUGUGUUGUCGUAAAAAGGUUUUUGUCCAGAAGGGGGAGGUGUAAGCUAAGUUACUACCACAAUGUAUGCUGAUAUAUGAUGAUUUCUAUAAUAAUAUGUUAGAUUUUACUCAAUGAACUUGCUGUCAGGAACAUUAUGUAUGUGCCAUUGUUUGGUAGUUCAAUUUUAUUUUGAACUUUUUAAAGGUGUUGUUUCACCUGUAGUUGUGUUAUAUGGACUUUUUUCCCUCCCUUUAAUACUUUGCGGUGAUAAUACAUUACAAUAUAAAAUAAUAUAUGUAUAAUAUAAUUAUACAAAUAUUUUGUUUUUUAAUUUUAAUGUUACUUUUUUUUACCAUUUUUUA